AUGGCGUCUUCAUCCGCCGCCGCAGGGCUGUUGGCGCGCCAGCUCAAGCAGAUGCAGAAUGACAAGAGCAUAUCAGGAAUCAGUUGUGGGCUAGUGGACAACAAUGUGUUUGAGUGGGAGGUCAUGCUCAUGAUUGACGACGACACUAAGUUUUAUGGAGGAGGCUUCUUUCGCGCACGACUCACCUUCCCUGAGCAAUACCCUCUCUUACCGCCUAAGAUGCGCUUCGAAACACCCAUCUUUCAUCCAAACAUCUACCAGAACGGUGACGUCUGCAUAUCGAUCCUACACCCACCCGAAGAGGAUAAAUACGGCUAUGAAUCCGCCGCUGAGCGCUGGUCACCAGUCCAAACACCUGAGACCAUUCUCUUGAGCGUCAUCUCUAUGCUCUCGAGCCCAAAUGACGAGAGUCCGGCGAAUGUGGAGGCAGCAAGGCUGUGGAGAAACGACACGCCUGAAUUCAAGAAACGAGUGAGGAAGUGUGUGAGAGACAGCCUUGAGUUUGAGUGA